GAGAUGAAAAUGCUGUUCUCAACUCUGCUGGGCUUUGUGACGAUUACUUCUUUACUAAUGCCGGGCUACAACUGCAUGAAAAUUAUUGGAGGCCAGGAAGUGGCACCUCAUUCAAAACCUUAUAUGGUAUCUAUCCAGAUUGGGAGAAAACACUUUUGUGGAGGAACUUUAAUCAAAGCUAGCUGGGUGCUGACAGCUGCACACUGCCAAGUCAAAAACAGUCAAUUGAAAAAUAUUCGGGUAGUUCUUGGGGUUCACUCACUUUCAAAAGAAGAGAAGGAACAACAAGUAUUUACCGUUAAAAGGAUGAUCCAGCAUAGCUUGUACAACUCAAAAUUAUUCAAAAAUGACAUCAUGCUUCUUGAGCUCAAUGGCAAGGCGACUCUGAACAAGUUUGUGAAUGUCCUGAACCCACCUAACACUGGAACUGAUGUCAAAGAUGGAGACAUUUGUAAUGUUGCAGGUUGGGGGUUCACCUCAGUUGUAACUGAAAAGUUUUCAGACACAUUGCAGCAAGUGAAUGUAACUGUCGUGGACAGGAUGCUGUGUGCACAGUAUUACACCUACCAUCCUGCGAUAACAGAAGAUGUACUAUGUGCUGGUGACAAAAAGGGAGCAAAAGAUUCCUGCCAAGGUGAUUCGGGAGGUCCACUGUUAUGUAAUGGAAAAUUCAAUGGAAUCGUUUCUUUUGGAUGUAGUUGUGGACGACCCCGAAAGCCUGGUGUUUACACACGACUCUCAAAGACAUAUCUUUCCUGGAUUAAGAAAACAAUUCGACACUACAACUGUGUCGAAAUCAUUGGGGGGAAAGAUGUCAGAGCUCAUUCCAAACCUUAUAUGGCAUCACUCCAGAUUAAUAAUUAUCACAAAUGUGGAGGAGCAUUAAUCAAGCCCGGAUGGAUAUUGACUGCAGCUCACUGCAAUUUCAUUUUUAAACAUCAUGAGGUUAAGGCGGUUCUUGGAAUUGAUAUUCUGAAUGAAAAGAAAUCAGCACAAAUUAUCACAGUGAAGGAGAAAUUUCCUCACAUUUGUUUUGACAACAAAACCAAAGAAAAUGACAUCAUGCUGCUCCAACUACAGUCUGAGGCAAAACUGAACAAGUAUGUAGAACUCCUUCCUCUGCCCAAAAAUGACUUGGAUGUGGAAGAUGGAACUGUCUGCUCAGUUGCCGGCUGGGGAUGGACCAAAAUAAAUUCAAACAAGAACUCUGACCAUCUUAAAGAAGUAAAUGUAACGAUUAUAAACAGAUCAAAGUGCAACAGUCCAAAGUAUUACAACAAGAAGCCUUUAAUAACCAUGAACAUGCUCUGUGCUGGUGACAAAAGAGGUGGAAAAGAUGCAUGCUGUGGGGACUCAGGUGGACCUCUGAUAUGUAAGGACGUGUUCCGAGGAAUUGUGUCUUACGGGAAAAAAUGUGGACUUGCCAAAAAGCCUGGCAUUUAUACAAGGCUCACGAAGGAGUACAUGAAAUGGAUUCAGAAAGGAACAGCUUGAACCUUAUCAAGUAUUUAGGUUAUGAUGAGUUUUAUGCGUCAUUUUUAUCUUCUGUGAGUCGAUAUAGUGUAUGUAGCAAAUGAAGUGGCAUUUACUUUUUAAAUUUCCAUUUAUUGAGAUUAUUUUAAAUUCAUGUGCUGUAAGUAAAUUCAAAAUAGGAGCCUGUAUAUAUUUAUCCCUCACUAAAUGCUCAAUCAAGUUACGAAACAGAACUUACGGUUUUCACAUGCUUAUG